AUGAUCGCGUCUGUUUUUCUUGCUUUGUUUUGGGUUGUGGUGGGUACCCAGGCUUUCUAUCUACCGGGAAUUGCACCAACUACGUACCAUGCUGGAGACUCUAUUCCGCUACUUGUGAACCAUCUGACGCCGUCGAUGUAUUUCCAACACACAGAUGACGAAGGGCACGACUUAGGCGACAAGGAAUCGUUUCUAUAUUCUUACGAUUAUUACUACGAAAAAUUGCACUUUUGUCGCCCGGAAACAGUGGAAAAACAACCCGAAUCUCUCGGUUCCAUUAUUUUUGGAGAUCGGAUCUACAAUUCACCUUUUGAGCUGAAUAUGUUAGAAGACAAAGAGUGUGUGGCUCUAUGUGAGCAGACAAUACCCGCAGAAGACGCAAAAUUUAUUAACAAGCUGAUCAAAAACGGGUUUUUUCAAAACUGGCUUGUGGACGGAUUGCCAGCCGCGAGACAAGUCAGAGAUGAGCGCACGAAAGAAGUGUUUUACAGUCAAGGUUUCGAGCUAGGAUAUGUUGAUUCGGACGGUGCUACCUUCAACGGGGGUAACCAAGCGUCAGCAGGGUCGUCAUCGACGGAGUCGUUGUCGUCAUCCGGAACCAAACCCGUGGCUGAAAGCGACUAUCUAGAGUUGGACGAUGGCUAUGGUGUAUCGAAGCGGGAUAAAGUGGCUCUUCAAAAGCGGAGAAAAGUUACCGACAAGUCCGAAGUUGUCAAGAAUCUCGAAGUACCAUAUUUUGCCAACCAUUUUGACAUCCUUAUUGAGUACCACGACAGAGGUAACAAUGACUACCGCGUUGUAGGCGUUACAGUUAAUCCUGCCUCCAUAAAACGUGAGGACGCCUCUCAAUGUGCCGCCACUGGCGAAUUGCUAUCACUCUCAGAAACGGAGGAUAACAAAGUUCAGUUCACUUACAGCGUCAAGUUCACAGCUUCCGACAAUGUUUGGGCCACUCGCUGGGACAACUACUUGCAUGUUUACGAUCCAAAAGUGCAGUGGUUCUCGCUUAUCAACUUUUCUAUUGUGGUGAUCCUGUUGUCGUCCGUCGUUGUGCAUAGUUUGUUGCGCACCUUGAAGGAAGACCUUUCCAGAUAUAACUCAUUCAACCUUGACGACGACUUUCAAGAGGAAACGGGCUGGAAAUUGAUUCAUGGUGACGUAUUCCGUUCUCCACGGAAGGCGUUAUUACUUUCGGUACUGGUGGGAUCCGGUGCUCAGCUCUUUUCCAUGGCUGCGGUCACCGUUCUCUUUGCAGCCUUUGGACUACUAUCUCCCUCGUUCCGCGGUUCUUUGACGACUGUUAUGUUCAUUUUAUACUCCCUGUUUGGGUUUUUUGGGUCCUUCACUUCAAUGGCGACCUACAAAUUUUUCGGGGGUCAACUAUGGAAGGUAAAUAUGAUCUUGACACCUAUCUUGGUUCCCGGUUCCCUUUUCGGAUGCAUGCUCGCACUCAAUUUCUUUCUUAUUUUCGUGCAUUCGUCGGGCGCUAUUCCGUUUGGGACAAUGUGUGCGAUUGUCGCACUCUGGAUCCUGUUUUCAAUCCCACUUUCCCUAGCUGGUUCUUUCGUAGCCCGCAAGAAAUGUCGCUGGGACGAACACCCGGUCAAAACCAAUCAAAUUGCAAGGCAGAUACCCUUCCAGCCUUGGUAUUUGAAAACAGUUCCCGCUGCUUUCAUCGCUGGCUUGUUUCCUUUCGGUUCUAUUGCAGUCGAACUCUACUUCAUUUACUCCAGUUUAUGGUUUAACAAGAUUUUCUACAUGUUUGGAUUUCUUUUCGUGUCCAUUACACUACUCACACUUACCACUUCCCUCGUUACCGUCUUGCUUACCUAUCAUUCCCUAUGCAUGGAAAAUUGGCAAUGGCAAUGGCGCGGCUUCUGGAUCGGUGGUGCCGGUUGCGCGACCUAUGUGUUUGUGCAUUCGAUUCUGUUCACAAGAUUCAGACUUGGUGGGCUCACAACAAUUGUUUUGUAUGUCGGUUAUUCGCUGGUCAUCUCGAUUUUGUGCUGUCUGAUAACUGGAUCUAUUGGUUUUUUGAGCAGUCUGUUCUUCGUUCGCAAGAUCUACAGUUCGAUUAAAGUCGAUUAG